GCGCAUGCGCAGUGCGGGACACAUAGAGACAGAGGAAAUAUCAACAGCAUGUUCUUGGUUACUGUAUCUUUUUUUAGCCGCACUGCGCAUGUGCAGUGUGAAUAAUGUGGAAAAUGAACUGUAGGUUUUUUUCUGGUAGGGUUUGGAGCUGAUUGAUGGUUUAUGUAUGUGUGUGAGUGUGAGUGUGUGUGUGUUUGAAUGUGUGUAAGAGUGAAUGCGCGCGCACGCGUGUGAGUGUGCGUGUGCGAGAGUGUGUGUGAAGUGGAUGAUAUUACAGGCAAGGAUCGACUUGAUUAUUCCGUCCUUCGCAUUUUGGACUUUUUAUUUUAUUUUAAUCACAAUAAUGUCCGCAAAUAAAGUGAAGAAAGUGAAAAUGGCAACCAAAUCGUGUCCGGAAUGUGACCAACAGAUCCCUGUGGCCUGUAAGUCGUGCCCUUGUGGUUAUGUCUUCAUCAGCCGAAAGCUGCUCAGAGAGCCACCUGCUAUAGACAAAUCCGAUGUGAAAAGAAGACGGCCGGAAAGAAUAAGAAGGGAGAAAAUUAAUUUAACCUCCACCAAUGAUAUGGAGAACAGAAGGCGGUCUCGCUCCAACAGCCAAUCAGACACAAUCCGAAGAGGACGGGGCAGGCCAAAGACCGUGGGCUUAAAGAAGCAGGAAGAGGAGAAAGAAAAACAGGAGCGGGAGGUUGAUAUUUAUGCCAAUCUGUCAGACGAAAAGGCUUUUGUGUUCUCCGUGGCCUUAGCCGAGAUCAACCGUAAGAUAUUGGGCCAGAGACUGAUCCUGUAAGGGGAGAGAGCAACAUAUGAUUGUCAGCUGAAAGUUUAGGACUCGUAUUGCACAGAUCUCUUGGUGACAUGUAUCCGGGAGGAAUGCAUUAAGUCAGGACUGAUGAGCAUUUCGCUCAGGAGGGCGGCUAUUUCAGGAGUCACACGAGGACAAGGGGACAGUGUCUGUGACGAAUCUUUAAACAUUAUAAAUAUGGACGUGUAGGAAUCUUCUCUAUUUAUCUUUAAAACAGAUUUUAUGAAAUGUAUUAAAGAAGGAGUGUUUUUUCCCCCUUUUAUCCAAGUCAACACGAUUCACGUUUUCUCAUUCACACUUUAAUACAAUUCUUUUCGUUUUUUUUUUUUUUGUUGUGUUUUUGUCAUGAUAAAACAUAAGAACAUUUUUGAGGUUUUAAUCACAAAAUUCAUCCAGCCAAGACCUGAUUGAAUACAAAGUUUGCUUCUUGUUCUUUGGGUAGAUGUAACUAACAGUUAAAGGACAUUUAUAGCUACCAGUUUAGCACCAUACAUAUUAAAAGUCAUUGUUUAGCUCAUCAGUGCCAUUGACUGAUACAUCUGUAUUAAAUAUAUAUAGGAAGGAAGUAAUUUGGGUUUGAGUAGACUGUUUUUUUAGCUCUGCAUUAUUCUAUGGCACAUUCAUUUUAUAAAUAACAGUGUCAUUCAAUGUGUAAAACCACAAUAACAAGUCUGAAGACUGAUGAUUUAGACAUGCAGUUGCACAAUGCUAAACUGGAGCCUAUAUGUUUCCAUACUUUAGCUACAUUAGCCAGUGUAUAUUUAAAGAAACAAAUUUUAUACACCAAACAUGUCUUAGCUACUUGAAUUUUAUUUUAUUUUUUAUUUUUUGCUGAAUGUGAAAUAUUGAGAUUACUGUAAAGGCCUGUUUACAUCUUGCAUUAACAAGCAUGUCUACUAAUCCAGUUAUGAUUGUGCAGCAUGUUGCACUGGUAAAAGGUCUGAACUUGCCUGUAGGUCCUCCAGAGGUUAAGUUGUUGUACUCAAUAAAUACCAGAACCCUCAAAGUGAAUGAAGGGAGCCCAAAACUGAAAAGGGGGAACACCUGCUUGGACAGAAUAAGCUCCACACUGGCCAGAUGGGAACCUCAGUCUAGACACAGAGUACCCCUGCUUAUGCAGAGGAAGCCCCACACCCCUCAAGUCCAUCUUUACUGCUUGCUUUCACUGAUUUCCGUUGCCCGGCAUGAAACCUUUUCUGUUGACUGCGAAUGAGUGUUGCUCACGCAUCAGUUAUGAAUGUUAAAUUAAAGGUGUAAACAAGGCCAUAAAGGACUGAGUGCAAGUUAAGUGUUCUUCAUCCAGGUCACAGAUCCUAGACCUUUCCAAAGAGUGCUGAUGGCUGGUGCUGUGUCUCAGAACGAGCCUGCCAUAAUCCGAGCAUCUUUCUUUUUUUUUUUUUUUUUUUUUUUUUUUAAUACAUUCCAAUGAGCCAUUCUGCUUUGUAAAUGCAUUUGAUCAAAAGGGGGUGAGGGACUCUAAAUCUAAUGCUGGCGAACUUCCAUUAUUUAUUGUUGCAUCUUCUAUUUUAUAGACUUUUUUUAUUAACAUUUAUUUUACAAAUGGUUAAAUCUUACAUGUGUAAUAAUCACCACAACUUAUAUUAAACAUCAGAGGGAGAAAAUUA